CUCACAUGAAAUAAUCAAGUAUAUUCUUCCCAUUCCUUGAUGUCCAUGCAUAUUAAAAAUAUAUAUACAUACACCAACAUCAACAUGCUUACGAUAUGAAAAAAUAAAUUAUUUAUUUAUCAUCUCAAAGGGUCACAAUAGAGAAGGAGAGAAAUAGAGUUAGAGAGAGAGAGAGAGAGAGACCUAGAAGGUGUUCAAAAUUCUAUGAGUGGAGAUCAAUCUAAGAUAUUUCUAUGAUCGAGGAUUUUCUUUUCCAAUAUCCAUGUAUGAAGGAGGAAAAUUAAUAUUAUAUAAUAGAUAGAUAUAUCUAAGGAGUUGCAAAAUAAAGAUAUUCAAUCUCAUCAAAGCAAAGUGUGGAAGAUUGAAAAUUGUGGAAGGUAGGUAAGUAGAUAGAUGGAUAUGAGGAAGGAAGAAACAUGUGGCUCAAUAUGUUCCAAGACAAGUGUUUCAAUUAAUGAAAAUGGUUGCGAAAUUAGUGAAGCAAAUGAAGAUGAAGAAAGUAAGCAAAACAACAAUGGAGGAAUAAGCUCAAGCAAUAGUACUAUUGAAGAGAAUUCUGAGAAGAAACCAUCAGUGAGACCUUAUGUUAGAUCCAAGUUUCCUAGGCUACGUUGGACUCCUGAUCUUCAUUUUCGAUUUCUUCAUGCUGUUCAAAGACUUGGUGGACAAGAGAGAGCAACUCCAAAAUUGGUUCUUCAAUUGAUGAAUAUAAAAGGUUUGAGUAUUGCUCAUGUGAAGAGUCAUUUGCAGAUGUAUAGAAGCAAGAAAGUAGUUGACACAAAUAAAGUGCUGGGUGAUCAUAGGCUUCUUGUAGACAAUGGAGACAAAAAUGUUUAUAAUCUCACCCAACUUCCUAUGCUUCAAGGCUAUACUCCAAACCAAACUUCAUCAAAUAGAUGUGGAUAUGGAGAUGAUUCUAUUGCUAUGUAUGAAAACAUGGUGCAUAUGAGUUCAAUAAAUGAAUCUAGAGCUGAUUUCUAUGGAAGAAUGAUUGAGAGAACCAAUAAUAACAACAUCAAUAAUAUGGAAGUUCAUAAUAUUUUUCAAGUGAAUUCUUCAAAUUUUAGAGAAUUAUCAACAAGUAAAGUCCAUGAACCAAAUGAUAAUUUCCUCUCAUUUUGUGGCAAUGAAUCUUUUAGAUUGAGCAAGAAGGAUGAUCAGCCUAGAGAACAAGAGCUCAUGCCUAAUGAUAAUCAAGUGGACUUGAAAACAUUGAAAAGAAAAGCUUCAAAUAUGGACCUUGAUUUGGAUCUAUCACUUAAAUUAAAUUCAAGGAUCAUUGGUGAUGAUCAUAAGAACCAAGGAAUUAUAGAGGAUCAUCAUGAAGUUGGAAGCAAUUUAUCUCUCUCAUUGUAUUCUCAAUCUUCUUAUAAUCUUUGCAAAAGAAAGAAAGAAGGACAAGAUGAUUCUAAGGAGCAAGAGAAAAGAGUGAAUAUAGGUUUGGAUCUAACCAUAUGAUAAUGGGACAUAUUCUAAGUGAGAUCUUGAGGUACUUGUCAGAAAAUUAUGCAUGUUGUAACAAAAUUAUUACAUUCAUAUCAUAACCAGACAAAGUUGUAUUUU